GAGUUGGGCUGGGUAUUAAGCUGUACUGCAAGGCUCGCUUUUAAACUCGGCUCGCCGCUUCCCCUUCUUCAGAGGCGGCGGACGGGAAGCUUGAGCCUUACGACUGUUGCCCUGAAGAUUGACGUGCCGUCGUCAAGAUGUUGCUGACGGAAAGUAUUAUUCUGAUAUUGUCGCUGCGGACUCUGAGUUCAGCUUUUUCAAUAAAGGAACCUAAAGAAACAAAACAGGCAUGGGGGUAUGUUCCUGUCAGAAGCAAUGCAAGCAUGUUUUGGUGGUUGUACUAUGCAGACAGUCCCACUCAGAAUUUCACACAACUUCCUCUUAUCUUAUGGCUGCAGGGAGGCCCAGGAGCUUCAAGUUGCGGGUAUGGAAAUUUUGAAGAGAUUGGCCCUCUAGAUGCUGAUCUAAAACCAAGAAAUACAACUUGGCUGCAGGCAGCAAGUCUUCUCUUUGUUGACAAUCCUGUUGGCACCGGAUACAGUUACGUUAAUGACACCCUUGCCUACGCCACUAAUCUCAGCAUGGUCGCUUCGGAUAUGAUGGUGGUUCUCCGAGAGUUCUUUAAAUCAAAGGUGGAAUUCCAGACAAUCCCCUUCUACAUCUUUUCCGAAUCUUAUGGAGGAAAAAUGGCAGCUGCAAUUGCUCUGGAAGUUCAUAAGGCUAUUCAAGCUGGAACAAUCAAGUGCAAUUUUCAUGGAGUAGCCCUUGGUGAUUCAUGGAUUUCUCCUCUAGAUUCUGUGCUUGCUUGGGGGCCUUACCUGUAUAGCACUUCUUUCCUGGAUGAUCAAGGCUUGAAGGAAGUCACUAUUGCUGCCAAGAAGAUCUUGAAUGCAAUGAAUACAGGGGCAUUUAAGCUUGCUACCCUGCUUUGGGAUAAAGCAGAGGAUAUCAUAGAAAAGAACACAAAUGGUGUGAAUUUCUAUAACAUUCUAAAACAUGACUCUUCAAACGACGCAGCUCUUUCGUCUGCUGCAACUGAAACCACCCCAUUUUUAAAAUUGUUCCAGCAUCAUGUACAAAAUCAAAUUAAAGACAAGCUGAAUGACCUGAUGAAUGGGCCCAUCAGAAAGAAGCUGAAAAUAAUUCCAGACCAUGUCAAAUGGGGAGGGCAAUCAGCAGAUGUAUUUAUGAAUAUGGCUGAAGACUUUAUGAAAAAUGCAAUUGAUAUUGUAGACAGCUUGCUGGAUGCCAAUGUGAAUGUCACUGUAUACAAUGGGCAGCUGGAUCUCAUUGUUCCUACAAUAGGGCAAGAAGCUUGGGUCCGGAAGCUAAAAUGGCCCAAACUGAAAGAAUUUAAUGCACUGAAUUGGCAGCCUUUGUACACCUGCCCAGAAUGCAGAGACACGGCUGCUUUUUAUAAAUCCUAUUGUAAUCUGAGCUUCUUCUGGAUCCUGAAGGCUGGCCACAUGGUCCCGGCUGACCAAGGUGACAUGGCACUGAAGAUGCUUAGGAUGGUCACCCAACAAAAGCAGUGACUAAAUUAGAGCCAGCUGGCUUGGCUCUUCUACAAAACAAAAGCAGGUUGUUUGGAAUCUUUUUUUUUUUUUUUUGCACCCUGAAGGCAGAAGGAACAAUGACACCAUUGUGUUUUAAUUUUCUCAGACAUUAUGCAAGGCAUUUUAAGGAGACACGGAUGAAAAUAAUUCACUAUCUCCUGUGGUUACUUCUUUUGUGAAAUGUGAAGAUCCACUUUUGGUUAGCGUAUCCUUAAAUGCUGGAAAAGGAAGAUGUUAAUAAAUCAUGGAUGGGCUUCUU